AUGAUUAACCGAAUACGUGGUGUAUUGUUUGGAUUAUUACUAUUCGCUUCUGCGUUAUUAGGUGCUGUUUUCUUAUUAACUCCCUUCAUUCCUCUAAUGUUCAUCUCUCCUCCAAAGUGGCGCUUUUUUGCAGAUCGGUUUGUCGGAUAUUGGCUCACCUUCCCUGCUUCGCUUUGUUACCUCCUCUUUGGUGCGAAGUUUCACGUGUCUGGUGAUUUGAUAGAUCGCAAAGAACCAGCGCUAAUGGUAUUAAAUCAUAGAACUCGAUUAGAUUGGUUAUUUUUUUGGACUGCUUUAUAUAAAAUGGAUCCUUGGUUGCUUGUUAGUGAAAAGAUUUUGCUGAAGGCUUCUCUUAAAUUUCUUCCAGGAGCCGGAUGGGCUAUGCAGUGUGCGUCCUAUUUAUUUCUUGAAAGAAAAUAUGAAUUUGAUAGAAUGUUAAUGGGUGAGACGAUUUCUUACUACUGUCGCUGUGGUAACCCUUACCAGUUGCUACUGUUUCCUGAAGGUACUGAUCGAAGUGAGUCGGCCCUUGAGAAAAGCAACGACUAUGCCAGAGCGAAUAAUCUACCUUGUUAUAAGCACAUUUUGCAUCCUAGAACGAAAGGAUUUUCAUUCUUAGUUCAGGAUAUGUUAAGAAAGAAAUAUAUUCGAUAUGUAUACGAUAUAACAGUAGGGUACCCAAAGGGUGUCGUCUGUGAGGAAAUUGAUAUUUUGAAAAAAGGACUUUUUCCAAGUGAAAUUCAUUUUCAUAUUAAAAAAUACAAUAUCGAGGAUCUCCCUGCUGAUGAUGAGGAGGAGAUUUCAAAUUGGCUGUGCAAUUUAUGGAGGGACAAAGAGCAUUGUCUCGACCAAUUUUAUAGCAAAAACAAAAUGUUCACCCCUAGCGGUGAUCAGUAUGUUUGGCCGGUAGAAACGACGGGUAUUGGUUACACUUGUGCACUCAUGUUUUGGACUACUUCCUCUAUUUUUUGGAUAUAUAUUACUUACUUAUACUUGGCAGUGAAGUAUUAUUUUUUUUUCUCGUGUUUGUUUUAUAUUUUUUGUCAGAAAUUUUUUGGUGGUAUAGAUACCUUAGCUUUAAAGUUAUCUGCAAGAGCCUUUUAA